GUAUAACCACUGAACCCAUUGCGAUGAACUGUGUCCGUGAGCAUUUGCAGAGUGUACAGUAGUACCAUUAUCUCCCAGUUUUUCCCCGAAUCUCCUUCAGAGUUGAUCCGUGUGCGAGCGAUUCCCGAUCACCUGCCCGGUAAGCGUGAAUCCCACUCCCGCUGUAAGUGUGAUUCUCCGCUUUUCAGUGUCUGCACGUAUGCCUGCCUUCGACCCCCCUAGUAGAGACCAAUCGGCUUUUUUCGACUCAGUCUCAUUACUGGGUUCAACGUGGAUUUAUUGCCACAAGUAACAAAUUACUCUUGUGUUCUGAGUCAACAGGAUUAUAAAAUAUUAACAAGGGCUUGUAAACUUCGAAGCCUCUAUAUCAGCUUGCUGGUUCUCACUAAAAGGACUUGACAAUUUCCCCUGUGGUUAUUUGAGAAAAAAAACCAAUUUCAGAGCCAUUAUUUUAAAACCUUCAGGAUCUGAAUUUCAACAAAACGUGAGGAGACAAUGGCUACUGUGAAAGAGAAACUCUUGCUGGAGAUAAACCCGGGCCGGGAGCCAGGAAUAACCAGCAAGGUGACCGUAGUGGGGGUGGGUAAGGUGGGCAUGGCAUGUGCUUUCAGCAUCCUCCAGGCGAACAUUGCUGAUUGUGUCACCCUGAUUGACAUGAUGGGGGACAAAGUACAAGGGGAGGUGAUGGAUCUGCAGCAUGGCAGCCUCUUCCUGAAAACUCCAAAGAUCACAGCAGCAAAGGACUACUCGGAGACUGCCAACUCCAAGCUCUGUGUCAUCACAGCAGGGGUGCGUCAGAGGGUAGGAGAGAGUCGCCUGGACCUAGUUCACAGGAAUGUGGAGGUAUUCAAACAGAUCAUCCCUCAGCUGGUUCAGCACAGUCCUGAGGCCAUCCUCCUCGUCGUUUCCAAUCCAGUGGACAUCCUGACGUACGUGGCCUGGAAGCUGAGCGGCUUCCCCCAACACCGAGUCAUUGGAAGUGGCACCAACCUGGACUCUGCCCGAUUCCGCUUCCUAAUGGCUGAGAAACUGCAGAUGAGCCCCAGCAGUGUGCACGGUUACAUCAUUGGGGAGCAUGGCGACUCCAGUGUGGCAGUGUGGAGUGGGGCCAAUGUGGCAGGGAUUGGGCUACAGUCAUUAAAUCCUGAUCUUAAAAGAGGCCAAGACUCUGAGGGCUGGGUAGAAAUACACCAAAAAGUUGUCGAGAGUGCCUAUGAGGUCAUCAGACUGAAGGGCUAUACCUCCUGGGCAAUUGGGUUGAGCGUGUCUCAUCUUGCACAGUCCAUUCUGAAGAACCUUAAGAAUGUACAGCCUAUCUCCACAUUGGUAAAGGGCCUGCAUGGAAUCAAGGAGGAGGUGUUCCUUAGUCUGCCCUGUGUGUUGGGCUCAGCUGGAGUGUGUGGGGUGAUCAACCAGCCAUUGAAGGAACUGGAGGUCCAGCAGCUGAAACACAGUGCCCAGACCUUGUGGGACCUUCAGAAGAAUCUUAUCCUUUGACUUGUGACUCAUGGAAACCAUAAUUUGAUGAGCAAGAGCAUGCAAAUCACACAAUGACAAUCAUGCAGGUUUACUUAUUCACUUUCAAUACCUACUGCUGUGUCAGAUGUGUGAAUAUGACAUUAUAAAAUAGUGAUCCUAAUUCGUUUUUUCUUUAGGUGUUAAGGUAUUCUUUUAUUCAUAGGUAAGAUGGGUUACAAUCAUUUAAUACACAAAAUGAUGAAUCAUUUAAUUACAAGAGGGACCGUUUAACAUAAUCUGCAUUUAGAAUGAACUGUUAACUAAUGUGUUUUAUAAUCACUGGCAGAUAUAGCUGCGUUGGAGCAAUGAUUACAAUGUGUUUAGUACAAUGAUUCAUACAUUCUACUGUUUUUCCAUGACUGAAAAAUUGCAUUGUUAUUUUAGGCUGCAUUUUAGGUAGUAGAAUCAGCACAGCUAACAAAAUGUUGCUGUGUGCACUUGUUUUCUGAUCUAUCAGAAUUGUUCCUAAUACUGGCCAACAAAUUUGGCCAAGUGGCAGGUACCUUAGAAAGGAGCCUUGGCAAGCAUCACUACUGAUGAGUUUCAGUGAAACCCAAAGGGCAAAAACUAUGUGCAAGUAACCAGGUUAUGGCAUUUGUAAGGAAUCAGACACCUGAAAUAGCACAAGAAGGGAUGCACACAGCUGUACACAAGUAUGCAUUCACUGCAUAAAGUGAUACGCAUGGCAUUUCUUGUCAUAAUAGCUCAUAAGCAUACUUAUUUUAUGUGCAGUUGCUGUGCUAUGACAGAAAUUACUGUGCGUUUUAACCAUUAUACCGUAAAUGAGGUAAGAAUUAGCUGUAUAAAGGUUAAAACGUACUGUAAUUUACUACAUAUUCACAUGCAUAUGCAUACGAUAUGUUCAGAUACAUAAAAUAUAUUUAAUUUAAAAUAUUUCCUUAUGGAAAAAAAAUGUUUUGUUUUUUUUUAGAAUGUUUUUUAAUAAUGGUUACUAACUCACUAAUAAUGGUUACUUCACCUUAGUAUCAAAGUGGCUCAUUGGCAGACCAUGGAUAACUAAAUGACCACAGGUUAAAUGCUGAAUGGGUUACUGUAGAACAGGUUUACUGUGUUACAUGUUCCUCCACAUGUCCUCACUGAAAAGAACAGAAUUUCCACAUCUUUCAUGAAUUCCUGCCAAAAUUGUUGUUUUCUCCUCCUACACAAUAAAUAAAAACAAUGACCCAUAGACAUAAUGUCUAUUUUGCUUCACUACCUAUGCCUUUGUUUAAAGUAGUAUAUUACUAUAUUAUAUAAUUACUUAUAUAUGAUAUAAUCAGAUAUCACCUCCUUCCUAAAUACCACAGAUUUACCCCAACUUAAAAAUAUGGUGGCACUGAAGAGGAAAACACAAAAAAACGAAAACGCUCGCUCUUGAGGUGCAAAACACAAACGCAAAAAUGAAAACACGAAAAAACGAAAACGCGCGCUCCUGAGGUGCAAAUCAAGCCAGUAAAUUGCGGAAAUACAUCAUCGGCUACUUUAUGUCUUUGGUAUCUCUGUAGUUUCCGGAAGACGUGACAAAUGACAGGUGUCAUGUGAAAUCUCAUCUCUGAAUAUGUUUCAUUAGAUAAACUGUAGCGAUAUGUUUUAUCCAUUAUACCCAUAUAUUUAACUCAUAGUUUCAUUGAUUAUUAUCGUACAUAAAAUACCUUUUAAAAAGGUGUGCGUUCUAUUGAUUAUUUUAAAAAAGUAGUUCACAUUUAGCUGGAUAUUAAAACUGACGUUUUAUUCUGGAUAUGUUUAAUUGCAUUAUUAAUGUAUAUUUAGCUCAAUAGCGAUAUAUUUUGUCGAUUAUAAUUAUAUAUUUUCCUCAAUAAGUUGUUUAAUGAUUAUGAUCACAUAUUUAGCGCCAUGGCGACAUGUUUUAUUGACUAUUAAUCUGCCUACAUUAAAUAUGUUUACGAAGGUUUUAAAAAGGUGUGUUUUAUUAAUUAUAUGUUGAAAAGAAAUUCAUAUUUAGUAUAACUGGCGUGUUCUGUUAUGGUUUAACCAACAUUUAAGCAGUUAAUGUAUAUUUUACUUGAUAGCGAUAUGUUUUGUCGAUUAUAACCGUAUAUUUAGCUCCAUAUAUAGCAACAAAUGCUUGCUUAACCGGCCUGAUUUUAUUAAUUGUUAUCUUGAGAAAUAGAUAUUAGAGAUUUUGUUUUACUGGUGUACAUUUAAUUGCAGACUUGUAUUACACGUAAUCCAGAUUUUCAUAAACAAACUGAAGCAGUAUCUAUAAAUGUUAUAUUGCUAAAAGUUUUUAUAAAGUCGUGUUUAUGGUUAUACAUCUGUAUUGUAUUGUCACUCAAGUGUAGGACAUCAUGAUAUCACAAUAAUAAAUAUUCUUAAAUCAG